CAGAUAAUAGACGAAAAUUUGGUUAUAAUUAUUUUUUUACCGGACUACAUAUCUAAGCAAUGAACAUCGUUGGAUUAACAAGAUAUGUACCAAAUAUUUUAAGUCGAUGUACCAGUUCUGUAUGGAAUUCUGUUGCACCUUUUCAUUUCUUCAAUGUUUCAAAAGCAGUAGAUCAUAGACCAGGAGGUUUAUUUGGUAUGAUAACUCGUUCAGUGAUAAGAGUACAUUUUCCUAGACCUUCUGAAAGAAAAAGAAUAAAGGUGCAUGGCUGGAAUGCUAGAAUGAAAACUGCUGCUGGACGAAGGGUACUUAUGAACAGAAUAUUGAAAGGAAGAUUUGUAUAUUCUCAUUAAUUUCAAAAUUAACUCGUUAAAUUUUGUUGAUAGAUAAUAGUAUAUUUAUAUCAGUUAUUAUGUGUUAUUAUUUGGUCACUAGUUUCCAUUCCAUUAAAUCAAAUACUAAAUAUCUAUUUAUAGACUAGUUUUCCAUAGGUAAGUUGUUAAAUUUGUUUAUAUAUUUAAAAAAGUAUAUACAUAUGCAAGAAAUUUUGAAAUAAAUGAGAUAAUUGAGCUUA